CAAAAUAUGUGAAUAAGGUUGAUCAUAAUAUUCAUCAAGGAGCAAAUGUGAAGGCAGUCGAAUUAGAGGACAUGGCAGAGGAGGAUAUUAUAACGGAAAGGAACCCUAGUGAGGAGGCCGCUGUGGACACUGAGGUGAUGGACGAGGCUGUUAGCAAUGAAAAGGAAGCAAGGGAGGACAGCAUGUUAUGUUUUCAAGAAUCUCCUAGCUUCAGGGUAUACUGCGCUCAUAAUGUCUCAGUCGAUGGUGAUGGCAAUGAAGAAAACGGUGAUAAAGAUGAAAACAAAUCAUUGAAGGAAACCACCCAGAAGGGAUCAGAGAACCAGGCAGUGAAAAGAAGACAGACCAGAUUUAGGACUCCAUUACGAAAUGGUGGAGCAGCAAGAAUGAAAAACUUUAAGUUUGCUUCGUGCAGCUGUUCCAACCCUUCAACUACUCAAGAAAGUGCCCGUAGAUCAGUUGGAAAAGUUGUCCGCUGACUCUCUGCUAUCUACACAAGUACACACACAAGAUGCAAGGCAAUUUUUAGUCACCGCCUUUAAUUAUUUUCCUUUGAAUUCACAAGUUUCGAAGGCGAGAUUCUCAUUGGAGACUGCACCCUAUUUCCUCCUUCGGGGAAGUAUAUGUUACGUUUGC